AUGAAAAGUCCAGCAACGAGUUUCAAAUGUAAACGAGAUGUUCUAUGGAAAGUCGUAUUGGAAAAGAUUCGCUUCCUUGCCGACAUAAGCAUUGAGUUAAUCCCGAAAAAUGGAAAAGUUCCCGAUUUUUGGAUUGAAUUUUUGAGUAGAUUUCGACAAGUUCGCAAUUUCCAUUUACACAUGCAUGGCACGCUGAAAGAUGGAAACGCGGCGCUGCUUGAGCACUGGUUUCCAGUUGUUUUAAACGGAUUCGUGCUACGGACAGUCGAUGAUUAUUCGACAAAAGAAGCACUCUUUCAACGAGUUCAACUUCAGAACACAAAACAUUUUGUGUUGAAACAAGAGAAAUGGAAAGAAUUGUCGGCGACCCGGGCCGAUUCCUACACCUUCAAUCGCUAUGUCCGGGAUUCGUUGCAUGAUUUCUGGACAAUUGGACAACCGGGCACGAAUCCCCGGGCAAAAGUCAUGCUUUACGACGAUCCAUGCUUUUAUUUUGCCACAAAACAAGAUUGUCUAGCGUCAAUUGAAAGAUUACUGAGGGAUAAUGUCGUUAAAGUGUUGAUCAACUUGGAUGAUGCAAUCGUUUGGAUGCCAAAUAGUACUGGGGAGCCGGUGUCAAUUCGAGAAUUCACCCUCCAGCCCCAAAAUCUUGCCAUCAACCCUUUGGUUUCCGAGAAAUUCGCUCGAUUCGCACAAGUUGAAGAAGAAAUCUCGAGAUUUCACUUCAGAAAUUCGAAUGAAAUGCUCGAGAGGAGCUCGGUAACCGUCUAUUUUCGACAUUAUGAUCAUAAGGGGAGAGUGUUGCUGAUCAUCGCACGGAUUUGCUUUAAACAAGAUAUUGAUUUUGAUGCUUUCCAGGCCCGUCACUACCCUUUCCAGUUACAAGUCGUUCUCGAUUUUCUC